GGAAAAGGCUCACCUCUAUUGCCGAGCCUGCCGUAUGCUGGAGGCAGCAAAGGGCAGCAAACGGCUUCAUUGGCUACCUUGGAGGAGGCGCUGAAGGCUGCUGAAAGAGAAGAAGAGACGCUGAGCGAAAUAGCCCUAUCGGCCCACGAGAAAGAAGCUCGGAAUAGAAACUCCACAUUGGGGAGAAGCGAGGCGGAUGGUUGUACAUUGCAGGCUCAACAUUGUGCGAAUAAAAUGUCAAGAAAUCAAGUUGACUACGCAACAGCAUUUGGAGUCGACGUCUCAGAGGAGCAAACAACUGAAAGCUCGAUGCUGGCAGUUGAUUUGAUGCGAGGGCGAGAAAGCAGUUCAAGUAGUGUUUUUGUACUGACGCCGGACGCCUCGCCAGAUCGAUGCAAUAAGAACGCGCGCGCAGCAUCCAGCGGCCCGGCGCCGCUGAUCCGCCGUGCAGACUGCUUCCCAC